UUAAAGCUGCAUACGUGAGAGGAAUAAUGCAGCACACACUGGCGGAAGGGACAGCGAGCAGCAAGAAGUAAUCCGUCCCACAGACAGCUAGAAUGGCAGCAGACUCAGACUCUAAACUCCAGCUGGUUCAUAAGCACAUCCGAGCUUUUCCAGACUUUCCGAAGAAGGGCAUCCUGUUCAGGGAUAUCUGUCCCAUCCUGAAGGAUCCAGCUGCUCUGACAGCAGUGAUCGACCUGUUUGAGGAUCAUGUCAGGAAGAAUCACCAGGAGGUUGAUCUGCUCGUAGGUUUAGAUGCUCGUGGUUUCCUGUUUGGGCCUCUGCUCGCCCAGCGGCUGGGUGUUGGCUUCGUCAUGGUCAGAAAGAAAGGCAAACUGCCUGGAUCCACUGUGUCUGUGGCAUAUGAUUUGGAGUAUGGCAAGGCAGAGGUAGAGAUCCAGGAGGAUGCAGUGGCUCCAGGACAGAAGGUUCUACUUAUCGAUGACCUUCUGGCUACUGGAGGGACACUGUAUGCAGCCUGCGAGCUGAUGAAGAAGCAGCAGGCCGAGAUUCUGGGCUGCCUGGUGGUCAUUGAGCUCAAGGAGCUCAACGGCAGUGACAAACUGAAAUCCCACAGUGUAUUCUCCCUGGUUCAGUACUGAGGACUACUGCAACCUCCAGACUGGAAACGGUGUGAACACUGGUUUUACAAACACUCAGGUGCUUUCCAUUUGUCAUUUCAGUCAUGAACUGAUGGGAUGGGGUGAAUGAAUGGAUGUUGUAGACUGAAGAGGCAGAUUUUGUUCACUUGUAUUUUUAUGUCUUCCAAAAACAAGUUUCUCCAUCUGUAUAUAGAAUGCUUACACUCAGGUAUAAUAGAAUAGGAAUGCGUUCCUGUGACUUGAGGGUUAAAGCCAUGCUGUGCUAUCCAUGUGAUGCUACAGCUAACUAGCAUCUAACCUCAACCCAGUACGUUAUAGUGUUGGCUGCUAAACAACAAAUAAACACAUGAAUAUUUAAUAUAAUGGUUACCUGUAGCUUUUAUUGGUCUUUUCUUGGAGGAAAUGCUUGAUACAAUUCCACUAACUUUAACUAUUUUAAAACAUUUUUUUCCCACCACCUUUCCCCCACCACCAAAAUUCAGUUAAAAGCCAAAAUGAAGGACAAAUAAUAAACAGAUAGUUUUUUUAAAUUCAUUAACAUCCCUUUGUUUAAUCUGUAGUCACAUUUUCAAAACUCUAAACAUAGUUAGCACAACAUGUGUCUGUGGACCAUACCAUUAACAGAAUUAGUGGUUUAACAGAAUAUGCAGUCAGUUAACAAGAUUAUAAAAAGCUUCACUUUUCUGUUCAUACAAGCUUACCCAAUACCAAAAUUAUGGAUCUUUCUUAUUAUUUACAGGUAUUUGCACACAGCAUACCAGAAAUGAAAACCCAAUGUUAAAUCCUUAAGUAUACUGUAGUUUAAAGCCUCUAUGUCUACCAAAGCCACUCAGAGGCUAGACUGAAAGAGAUACGUAUUGAGAAACGGCUGAUUUUCACUUGUGUAAAAUAGACCAAUCGGAGCUGAUUUCACUCAGAUGCAGCCAGGUGCUGAAGGUCUUUCACUUACAUGGACAUCUACAGUAAAAGGGUACUUUUGAAUUGAUUUUGUUUAAUGUGGAUACACAGAGAUAAAGUAAUGUCUGGAUGAGAAAGAGGACCAGUCAGAGGAGCAGCUAGAUCAGGACUGUUUGAAAUUGUGACUGUUUGUGUUUUUGUUUGUUUUUUCAUUCUGUGCCUUUUGUAUUUGUGUUACACAUGUAUGUUGGAUUUUUUGUUGAUCAUUGUCAGAAAUGUCAUGUUGCUAAUAAAGCUUUUAUUGCAGCAA